GCGCUCGGGGCCUUUUCAAAUCGGGAUCCGUUACCGCUUCCCCGGCCGCCGCCAUUGUCGCGGUCGGAGCCCCUCAGCGCAGGCGGCCGAGGCGGAGGCCGUAGCGGCGGGAUGGCGGACCCCGACAAGCCCGAGGUGCUGAGGGCCGCUGGCAACGACAGCCCGCAUCAGCAGCCCGCGGAGCCGCCGGGCGAGCCCCGGCGAGAACCUCACCCCCCGGAGCAGGAGAAGCAGCCGCCGCAGCACAGCAGCAGCUCCAAUGGCGUUAAAAUGGAGAAUGAUGAAUCAAUCAAAGAAGAGAAAUCUGAAUUAAAAGAAAAAUCUACAGGAAAUAAGAAGGCCAAUAGAUUUCAUCCUUAUUCAAAAGAUAAGAAUUCAGGCACUGGAGAAAAAAAGGGUCCAAAUCGUAACAGAGUUUUUAUUAGCAACAUCCCGUAUGACAUGAAAUGGCAAGCCAUUAAAGAUCUAAUGAGAGAAAAAGUUGGUGAGGUUACAUACGUGGAGCUCUUUAAGGAUGCGGAAGGAAAAUCAAGGGGUUGUGGUGUGGUUGAAUUCAAAGAUGAAGAAUUUGUAAAGAAAGCCCUAGAAACUAUGAACAAAUAUGAUCUUAGUGGAAGACCCUUGAAUAUUAAAGAGGAUCCUGAUGGAGAAAAUGCUCGUAGGGCAUUGCAACGAACAGGAGGAUCAUUUCCAGGAGGACAUGUACCCGAUAUGGGAUCGGGAUUGAUGAAUUUACCACCUUCCAUUCUCAAUAAUCCAAACAUUCCUCCUGAGGUUAUCAGUAAUUUGCAGGCUGGUAGACUUGGUUCCACAAUUUUUGUUGCUAAUCUUGACUUCAAAGUUGGUUGGAAGAAGCUAAAGGAAGUGUUCAGCAUAGCUGGAACUGUAAAGCGGGCAGAUAUUAAAGAAGACAAAGAUGGCAAGAGCAGAGGAAUGGGCACAGUCACUUUUGAACAAGCAAUUGAAGCAGUUCAAGCAAUUUCUAUGUUCAAUGGGCAGUUUUUGUUUGAUAGACCUAUGCAUGUGAAAAUGGAUGACAAGUCUGUCCCUCAUGAAGACUACCGUUCACAUGAUAGUAAAACACCACAAUUACCACGUGGUCUUGGAGGCAUUGGAAUGGGACUUGGCCCAGGUGGACAGCCUAUUAGUGCCAGCCAGUUGAACAUAGGUGGUGUAAUGGGAAACUUAGGUCCAAGUGGUAUGGGAAUGGAUGGUCCAGGUUUUGGAGGAAUGAAUAGAAUUGGAGGAGGAAUUGGGUUUGGUGGUCUGGAAGCAAUGAAUAGCAUGGGAGGAUUUGGAGGAGUUGGCCGAAUGGGAGAACUAUACCGAGGUGCGAUGACUAGUAGCAUGGAAAGAGAUUUUGGACGUGGUGAUAUUGGAAUAAAUCGAGGCUUUGGAGAUUCCUUUGGUAGACUUGGCAGUGCAAUGAUUGGAGGGUUUGCAGGAAGAAUAGGAGCUUCUAACAUGGGUCCAGUAGGAUCUGGAAUAAGUGGUGGAAUGGGUGGCAUGAACAGUGUGACUGGAGGAAUGGGGAUGGGACUGGAUCGGAUGAGUUCCAGCUUUGAUAGAAUGGGACCAGGAAUAGGAGCUAUACUGGAAAGGAGCAUCGAUAUGGAUCGAGGAUUUUUAUCCGGUCCAAUGGGAAGCGGAAUGAGAGACAGAAUAGGCUCCAAAGGCAACCAGAUAUUUGUCAGAAAUCUGCCUUUUGACUUGACUUGGCAGAAACUAAAAGAAAAAUUCAGUCAGUGUGGUCAUGUAAUGUUUGCAGAAAUAAAAAUGGAGAAUGGAAAGUCAAAAGGCUGUGGAACAGUCAGAUUUGACUCCCCAGAAUCAGCUGAAAAAGCCUGCAGAAUAAUGAAUGGCAUAAAAAUCAGUGGCAGAGAAAUUGAUGUUCGCUUGGAUCGUAAUGCAUAAUUUGAAACCACGGUUGGAACAUUCUUACAUCUGUUUUGCUGAAUCUCCUAGUAAAAGUCAUUUUUUAAGUAAUACUGAAUGCUUACAGAAGUUGUAAAAAUGAACUUUUAAAACUCCCACCAGCUUUUAACAGUAUAAUGUUAAAUAUACUGUGAUUUUUGUUAAUCUCAAGUUUGGGUUUUUAAAGACAGCAAGUCUGGUCAUUCAGUUUAAAUGAAUGGUUAUACUAUUUUUAAUGAAAUAAGCCAUUUUCUUGUUAUUUUCAGUUCUACAUAGUGGGGUUUGUUUGUUCAAGUGUCCCCAGCUUUUAUCAACUUAUUGUAAGGUAAAAACAUAGAUGGUUUUUUCAAAACUUCUGUUUUAUAUAUGUAAUUGUCCUUGAAAAGAAAGGGCUCAGACAAAUUAGGAUAUGAUUUUGGUUGGAUUUAAAUUACUUUUUGUUGGCGAUAAAGAAGUUUUAGAUUCCAAAGUUUAGGAAGUUUUUUAUUUGACUUAAAUGAAGAAAUGGAGUUUUCCUUCUCUGCCCCUCCACAUUGUUCACAGUUUUCACAUAACACUAUUAACAUUAACCUCCACAGCCCCUUGUUUUAUUAUUUCCAAUGAUUCCAAGUUCAUAAAGAACUGAUAAUGUAGCAAGCCCCAAGUAUAACAACAGGCAGACUGCCCCCAACUUUCUGUCUAGUUUCCAGCCAUUGAGAUGAACUGCUAAGAAAAGUAAAAUAAUUGAAAUGUUGAGAAAGAUAGUUAUGUAAGUUAGUCCUCCACUGUUCACUUCUACAGGAGCUGAUGCAUUUACAAAUGCAGUUUUAAUAAACCAUGGAACGCCUAGGCACAGCAUAUCAAACACAUUGGAUCCCACGAUGUUAGACAUAGCCAUAUCUCCUUUGCCUGUAAGAAAAGCAUGUUGUUAAAAUGUGCAUACCAAUACUGUAUUUUAUUAAUAAGCUUCAUAAAAAGAAAAACACUGGAUACUUUUUGUUUUGGAAAAUUGUAUUGGAGCAAAAGUCUUACUGAAUUUGUAUUUUUUAAUUUUGGGGGGGUUAGUAUUUAAAGUCUUAACAUUUAUUUAUCUAAUAAUUAUUUAUUAAACCAUUUUUCAAUAAGGUA